AUGUCUUCAUCUGUAGCAUCCACCUCUGUACUGGGCGUCCCCGUGCUCAUCGUGGGCCACCACAUCCUCUACGGGAAGGUGGUGCAGCUGGAGAAGCCCUUUGCCGUCCUGGAGAAGCGGGGAGCGGGCGAGCCCGGCCGCCAGCCUGGCCCUGCAGAGCCGGACGCCCGCUAUGCUGUCACCGCCCUCAUCAAAACCAAGCUCCUCUUCAAAACCCGCCCCAAGCCCAUCAUCACCAACGUGCCCAAGAAAGCCUGAGGACGCGGGAUGGUGGCCAGGAGCUCCGAGGCAGCCUGGGGCGCUGCGGCCGGGACUUGGGGGGAUGCAGGGCUGGCCCCGGCUUCAUCCCCAUCCCCUACGGAGGAAUCCUGGGGCCACCUCAGGGUUCCAGGUCCUGUGUCUGGGCACCCAGAGCCCUUGUCCCCCCACUGUAAUGACUCCAUUUCUGAGAGCUGCCCAGCUCCAGGGCACACACACGGCCCCAUCUUCCCCACACACCACCCUUGCUCUGUGCAAGUCUUUAUUUUGACAAAUCCGUCAGGAUAUAAA